AUGACAGUAGGAAAAGAUGUGUCUAAGUUAUUUUUCCCAGUUUUGAAAUGCGUGGAAACUUAAUCUCUCGAACUUAAAAAGCUCGUUUAUCUUUACAUCAUUAACUAUGCCAAGACUUAGCCAGAUCUUGCAGUACUAGCAGUCAAUUCUUUCCGUAAAGAUGCUCGUGAGCGUAUAAACCCCUUGAUCAGAGGACUUGCAAUCAGAACUAUGGGAUGCAUUGGAGUAGAAGCUAUGCUUGAUUAUAUGUGCGAGCCUUUGAAGGAAUCUUUAGAAGAUCCAGAUCCUUAUGUGAGGAAAACUGCAGCCAUAUGCGUGGCAAAACUCUAUGAGGUAAGUCCACAGAGAUUCGAGGACUUUAAGUUCCUGCAACAAAUGAGGAAGCUUCUUACAACUGAUGGUAAUGGCAUGGUUGUGUCAAAUACUGUAGCAUCUCUUUCAGAUAUUCAAAGUGCAAUGGGAGGAGUGCCACCAAUCGAAAUGACUCAAGAAAUUCUCAAUAACCUCUUAAACGCCAUCACAGAAUGCUCAGAGUGGGGUAAAGUUUAUAUUCUAGACUAUCUUGCUAACAAUAUGAUUAAUAACCCCAAAGAUGUCGAUGAAAUCAUUUAAAGAGUUAUACCAAAUUUGGUAUUGCAAAAUGUGGCUGUGGUAUUAUCAGCAGCAAAAGUGAUCAUUAAAUAUCUCGACUUUGUCAACGAUACUGAGAAGAUUAGAUCUAUCUGUCGUAAGAUGGCCCCACCACUUAUAUCGCUAAUGAACAAUGAUCCAGAAGUCUAGUAUAUCGCAGUGAGAAACAUCAAUCUCAUCAUUUAAAAGCGCCCCUACAUUAUUGAUAAGGAAGUGAGAGUAUUUUUCUGUAAUUUCCAAGAUCCACUCUAUGUCAAGUUGGAAAAGCUAGAAAUUAUGAUUAAGUUAGCAGAUCUAAAGAAUGUUGAUUCACUCCUUAACGAACUUAAGGAUUAUGCCUAAGAAAUCGAUGUAGUAUUUGUGAGAAAAUCUAUCUCAGCAGUGGGUAGAAUUGCUAUUAAACUCGAGAGAGCAGCUGAUAGAUGCAUCUAAGUGCUUCACUAGUUGAUUAAUACCAAAAUUGAUUAUGUUGUUCAAGAGGCUAUCAUCGUCAUCAAGGAUAUCUUCAGAAAGUAUCCUAAUAAGUAUGAGAGUAUCAUUAAGGAUCUUUGUGAGAAUCUGAAAGCCUUAGAUAAUACAGAUGCUAGAGCAUCAAUGAUAUGGAUUAUAGGAGAAUAUGGUGAGAGAAUAGAUAAUGCAAUCGAUCUUAUGCUUAACUUUAGUGAGAACUUUAGAGAUGAGGCUAAGAAAGUUUAACUUGCCAUUCUUAAUGCAUCAGUAAAGUUAUACCUUAAACUUGAAUCAUAAGCUGAGGAUUUAGUUCAGGAUGUACUUAAGCUAGCCACUGAUGAAAGUGACAAUCCAGAUUUGAGAAACAGAGGAUAUAUCUAUUGGAGAAUGCUUUCAACAAACCCAGAACUAGCUAAACGCAUCAUAUUAAGUCAAAAGCCAACUAUUUCAGAGGACUCAUCAACUAUUGAACCUCAACUGCUAGAUAAACUUAUAGACAAUGUAGGAAUGCUUAGUAGUAUUUAUUACAAACCUCCUGAAGCUUUUGUUAAAAAGAUUCGUGAUAAGAUUAAUGAAAGACUCGACUUAGAAAACGAGGAUGAUGGAGCAGGCAAUGGUCCUAAGAGUAAAGAUCAAGAAGAUUAUAUUGAUUCAUAGGGAGUUAAGAGAUCUGAGUACUUAUAGGAGUAGCCAGGAUAAUAGUAAUAAUACUCAAACUUCCAAGAUCUAUUGGGAGUGGAGGAUAACUCAAAUACAGGUACUGGGGCAAUUGAUGAUCUAUUGGGAGGACUAUCUACUCCAACUCAGCCCUAAGUGAAUUCCUAGCCUCUUUCUAGUAUCACUGACUUGGAUGAUUUACUAGGAGGUGGUUCAACUUAAAUCAAUACUAAUACAAAUUCGAAUAUGGGAAGUGGAGGCAAUUAUGUUUCAGAUUCAUUACUGGAUCUUGAUUUGGGAGGAGGAAUCUAAACUGUUUUGAAUUCAUAAAAACCAGGUGCUAUGAAUAAUCAAGUUGGCUUCCAAGUGGAAGCAGCAUUCCAGAGAGAAAAUGAUAAUCUUGUCUUAGAACUUAAGCUGACCAAUCAUUCUCAGCAAGUCUUAUCGGAUUUCCUUAUGAAGAUUAACACCAAUUACUAUGGAGUUAAUGUAGUCCACCCAUUCCCAAGUGACCUUACAGUUAGUCCAGGCGAGACUAAAUUUGUUAAACUAUCUUGCGCCACUAUGAUUAACAAUGGUCAGACUGCUCCUGCAAAGCCCCCUAUUCUAAUCCAGAGUGGCAUCAAGUGCAAUCUAGACCUGUUCUACUUUGACAUCCCCAUGCUGUCACAAGUCUUAUUCACUCGUUAAUCUGGGGGCAUGAACACUUCACAGCUCUAAAUGAUGUGGGAGUCAAUUCCUUCUCAGCCAGACAACUACUUCACAGUAGCUAGCAUGUCCCCCUAAGUUUCAAACGCUCAUGCUAUGAUCUCUAGACUCCAAGAUAAUGGAGUUUACUUCAUGAAUCAAGGCACUAACGAGAAUGGCUUUGAUGCACUCUAUGUAUAUGCAGUGCCUGUGAAGUAAGACGAAGUGGUAGUGGGUGAGAUAUCCAUAUCAUCCACAGGUGUAGUCCUGCAAGCCAGAUCACCUGCUAAGCAUAUGGUGUUGCUUUUCUUGCAAAGCAUGAAUUUCUUAUUAUGUUCGAAUGCUUGA